AUGGAUUUUCUUGAUGAAUCCUUUAUACAUAAGGUUGGUACUUGUAACAUUGGUGCUUCAAAAGCUUAUAACUUGGUGAGUAGUAUGAAGGGUGGCUUUGAUUAUAGGGGAGGGACUGUAGUUGACUUUAAAAAAUUUCAUAGAGAUUUGAAUUGUAAAAUUGGUGUCAAAGAUUCCCAAAUGGUUGUGGAUAUAUUGACAAACAGAAAAUUGUGUUUCUCUAAUUUUUCAUCUGAGGUUCAAAAAGAUGUUGAUGAUCAUCUUACUAGACUUUUUUGGGCUGAUGAUACUUCGAAAGCCAACUAUAAGGAAUUUGGAGAUGUACUAUCUUUUGAUGCUACUUAUCAAACAAACAAGUAUUCUAUGGUAUUUGUUCUUUUUACUGGAGUUGACUACCACAAGCAUUGUGUUACUUUUACUGCUGGUUUACUAGCUCGUGAGAUAGCAGAUGCAUAUGUGUGGUUGCUUGAAGUGUUUCGUAAAGCAUUUGUCAAGCCUCCCAUGAUGAUUGUAAUAGAUCGGGAUUCAUCAAUGAAGAAAGCUGUUAAUUUUAUUCCUAUCGAUGUUUAUAACCAUUCGGACUUCCAGAAGACAUUUUUUGAUAUUAUAUGGAAUCUUCAAUGUUCUCCACAAGAUUUUGAUAGUUCAUGGUCAACAAUGUUAGAUAAGUUUCAUCAAAAAGAAAAUGACUGGUUAAGGUCUAUUUUUAAAAUAAGGGAUGUAUGGAUUCCAGCUUUUAUGAGAGAUCUUGAACUUUCUGGUUUGAUGCGAACUACUUCAAUAUUAGAGAGUCUGAAUAAUGCUUUCUCACAUUUUUUGCAUCAUAAAUCAAAUUUGGUGAAGUUCAUGAUGUCGUUUGAUAGUGCAAUGGAGAAGCAAAGGCAUCAUCAAUCUUUAUUAGAUUAUCAGUCCACAACUACUACCCCCAAGCUAAGGACUCCUUUGGCUAUUGAAAAGCAUGCAUCGGAAAUUUAUACACAUAAUAUUUUCUUGGACAUUCAGAAAGAGUUAUAUAAAUAUAUGUUUUACUGUGUUCAAGAAUCUGUAGUUAUUGAAGAUGAAAGUGAAGAUGAAGAAUCUGAUGACUUUUAUCGAAAUAGUCUUACUUCUCAUUGUCCUAAUACUCGUUACAAGGUUGUAUUUAGUAGAAGGGGUGAUAGCAUUAACAUCAGUUGUAGCUGCAUGCUUUUUGUCCAGGAUAGAUUGUUAUGUCGUCAUAUGUUUUUCAUAUUAAAUAUGAAAGAUAAAAAUGAAUGUUUGAUUCAAUAUGCAUAUGCUAUUCUUCGUUUGUCUAUUAACAAGAUAGCAAAUAAUGAGGAUGAGUUGGCUAAAUAUAUAAAGCAACUUCAGGAAGUUGAUAGUGGUAUUCCUUUAUGUACCUCAUCAAGGGCAUCUUCGAGUAGAUCAGUUCACAUUGAAAAACUUAUUGGAGCUGCAAUACCUGAUGUUAUCAACAUUCGUAAUCCAGAGCGGAUCAGAAACAAGGGAUGUGCUAGUGGUAAAAGAAUCAAGAGCACUAGAGAGAAAGUGAUUGAGAAAUCUAAAAAGGGUACUAGGUUGUCUAGUUUAUGUCAUAAACAAAAUAACAAUGCUAGGAGAUGCAUUUUAAGGUUUAAGAAGUCUGAUUUAGAAUCUGAGGUUACAGAAGGCUAA